AUGUCGUCGUCGAUGAAAUCAACGCGCAAGCAGUCUUCAGCGAAAAGCGAGACAACUGCGGCUUCGUCGAUGGGCUCAGCAUCGAGCUCAGCGACGGGCUCUGUGACGGGCUCGGCGACGGGCUCAGUGACGGGCUCGGUGACGGGCUCAGUGACGGACGGUGCCCUGGCGAACCCCAAACUUGCCGCCUCGCACCAUAAGCUCGCUCCGGUCCGACGCAAGAAUCGGCAGCGCCUCCCCAGACAGAGCAAAGCUGAGCGCGGGCCACAAGCUCCGGUAUCGAUCAGUGCAUCGAAGUCGUCGAUGACUCAAGACACCCAGGCAGACGAGAAGGUAGUGGAGGGACGGGUCCAAAAAGACGGCAUCCCAAGCGCCGCAGGAUCCAAGGCACCUGCUACAGCAGACGGUCCCGCUAAGCCAGGCGACGUGGAACUUGCCCACCCAGCAACUUCCGAGAACCCCAAGGCUACAGCGUUUACAUCUCUACCUGGGUCAUCCGAACAUCCUGCUGCUUCUUCAAGCGAUACCGCUGCGCCAAGAACCUCUGCUAACAAGGGCAAGAGGGGUACGCAAUCGCUGAAUGCCUUGAUCGCAUUGCUCGACGUUCGUGCCGAGACACGCUCUUGUAAGGAACAAAAGGCCGGCCUGGAUCUGCGGCGCAUUGUGAAGGUGCUGCUGGUACUGUUUGUCAUAAUUGUCGUCCUGGGAUUCGUAGUUUUUCUGCGAGCCCGUGGAAAUGCGCAGCGCGAGAGGUUUUGUACCACGAAAGGCUGCGAGGAACACAAGCGUCGCAUCGAAGGUCAGCUGGACAAAAGUGUGGAUCCUUGCGACGAUUUCGGCGCUCACGUCUGCGGAGGCUGGGCAUCUCGCAAAGAGUUCCUGUUGUCACGCUCCCAGAUGACGGAUAUGCACUUGGCCUGGCUGUACAAGCUCCCAACAACACUGGAGGCGGGCGUGGCACGUUUUCCCGUCGGCAUGAAAGUCGACGCGAUGUUCAAGAGCUGCAUGAUGCCAGGAAAGUCCCAAGUGAGCCUUAUGAAAGAAUUUAUGAAGGAGCGAGGAAUCAUGUGGCCAGAACAACCGCCAGAAAAUGUUACCCCGGCGAUGGUGCUCUUCGACUUGUCUUUCAACUGGAACGUGCACCUAUGGCUUACCCUGAAGGUCCUGCCAGAAAUUCCGGGAAAGGUCAAGCGGCGUUUAUUUUUCGCGCCUAACGAUCUCAUGUUGUUUUGGAAGGCUGUCUUCAACGAGAUCCCCGACCAGUACCUCGAAAGCGUCUACGCCGCUUUGUUCAAGAUGUGCGCCAACGACACGAGAAAGGUGCCGGACGUCCAGAAAGCUGCGCUGACAAUACAAACACUUCGUUACGUUUUUAACACUUUGGUACCAUCAUGUCCUUGUAAAGCCCGCACACCGGCACUGAUCCACCUCAUCGAUAUUGACAAUAUCACGUCUCUUCCCAUCGCAGCACACAUGAAAGACGUGUUCAAUGCCGUGCUGGGAAUCGCUCCGCCCGUCACGUUGGACGAAAUGCUGCUGUGGAAUGACCUGUCUCUCAUCAAAAAUGUCGUGACGAUAUUGGAGCAUUUCAAUGACACAGUUCUAUUGCGCCACCUGUCAUAUCUAUUUGUUUAUGCGUAUGUGGCAGUGGCUUAUCCGACGGGCUUUUUGCAGGCGAUUCACGGCAGCAAGACACGCGCCAAAGAGGAACUGCCCCGUUUCUGUGCGGUCCAAAUUGAGCCUGGCUUCAAGCUCCUCGUAGCUGCUAUGGCCUCGGUCGCGCACUUUACUGACCUAGAACGGCACCAUAUCGUCGAGUACUUGGAGCAGAUCGUGGAGGUGGCUUCCAACAAAACGAUGGCAAGUGAUUGGAUGGACACCAAGAUAAAAAAUGCAGCCGUGGAGAAGCUCAGCAACGUGCACACUGUCCUUUGGCCUUCGGAGAAGUUUCUGACAGCAAAUGCACUAGAGAAUGUCUACAAAAGCUUCCCCGAUAGCGCUUCCUCCUUCACGAAGUUCUGGAUUGAGACGCGACGCAGCCAACGCCAACUGUUCGGAUCCGAAGCGGCCGCUGAGGAGUUGGCGCUGGGAGACAAUGCCCAGUUACCCUACGUUAACUACGUAGACAUGCUCAACCGUCUGUCCCUCUCCCUGGGAGCGCUGGCACCACCCCUUUACUAUCCCGAUGGCACCCAUGCCAUGUUGCACGGUGGUGUCCUGUAUAUGUACGCUCGUGCGCUCAUGGGUGCCAUUGACAACAAGGGGAUCACGAUCAAUUCCGAAGGGGAGAUGAUGACGUCGUGGGCGAGUGACGACGUGCUGGACACUUUUGAGCAGCGCAUUCUGGGUUGUCUUCCCGACAACGUGAGCAUCUUUCCAGAGGUUCCAGCAAUGGAAGUGGCCUACGAAGCAUUCAAGCUGCACUUCGGUGAAGACGAGACCCAACUGUCCGAGGAGUUGACAGAGGAGAAGGUGUUCUUCAUCACCGCCUGCCUCUCCACUUGCGCCACGACGCCGGCGGACAAUCUCUACGGCGGAGACUGCAACAAGGCGGUGAUGAACUUCGCCCCGUUCGCCAAGGCAUUCAGUUGCCCCGAGGGCUCCAAGAUGAAUCCAGGGACCAAGUGUUCAUUUUAUGACUGA